ACCAUAAACAUUCUACGAGAAGGCAAAACCAAAAUACUAACAAAAAAGUAAUAGACUAUUCACGAUUUUAUUUAUGCUCAAACAAAUACUAAUGCAUUUUACGGCAAACACACAUACGCCUAUACCAGCAGUAUACAAUCCACCAACACCAAUGAAAGGAAGCAUCGGCGAUAGCAACAAAAAUAAAUGCGAAGCAGCAGCAUAAAAGCGAGAUGAAGUGCUGUUGAACACAUGAAAAAACGGCAAUUAAACUAGCAACAACAACAUAAACAAAACAAGCGGCUUUAAAAAGACGAGCGAACGCACAUACAUAUAUGCAAACCUACCUAUGCGGACGAAUGUAAAGACAAGAAAAAGCAUCUAAUGAAUUGCUCUGAAACGUCAAAAGACGUUAGUAUGAGCGCGGGCGUAACUGAUUUUCACAUACAGUUGGCGUAGCUGUACGAAGAUUGUUCUAAUUAUCUAAUUUAGUGACUAAAGUCAUUUCUAGUUUUCUCGUGUUUACAAACGUCCAUAUUUAUUUAUUUCAACGAUCGUUCUGUUUAUUGCUCAAAUGUUUUUGUGGCAGAAGUGUAAGAUAUUUUCGUAUUAACGACCUCUGAAUGCACAAAAUUGCUUUACUUCAGUUCAUAAAAUUGUUUGGUUCAUUUUAUGUGAUUUUUUUCGUCUCUCAAAUGAGUAAUUAAAAUACCAUUAAGUUUAAUUUUUUAAAAUAAUUUUUGGAAUAACGUCAACUGUAACGGACUUUGCAGAAUCAGAUUAUAAAAAAUUUUAAUGUCAAAUUUUUUAAUUAAAAUUUGUUUUAAUGAUUUUUUAAAAGCUAGAAUUUAUUUUGUGUUGUGAAUAUGUGUAUGUUUGUUAGGUUUUUUUUACAUUUUAAUGCAUAUGUAUGGUACAUACAUCAUGUUAUCAAUACCAAAAUACAACUUUUGUUGCAGGAAAGCAAAAAUCUAAAUAUUCGUAGAAAAUAAAAAUUAGUGAAAACAUAUAUUAUAACUUGAAUAACAUUAAAAAUUGUAUUAAAAUAAAAAAUAUAAUACUUAAACGCAAUUUGCAUAUGUAAAUUACAUAGUGUGGAAAAAUGUGAAAAAUAAUUACGUGUUUGUGUAUCUGUAAAUUGAAGCAAACAAAUAAAAGAAAAUUAAAUUGUGUCUCAGUUCUCCGUCUGCAAUCAAUAAUAUAGUUUCUCUGGUGUUUUUGUGAGUGUAAAUCAUUUCUAAAAUGAAUAAUUAUCAACACCAAACGCCGCCACCUGUAACGCGGCAUCACCAUCACCAUUUGCCGCCGCCACCGCCGCUGCCGCAUCACCAUCCAUCACUGUUGCCGCAACCGCAGCCUCCGCUUCCGAUGUUGCCAUCACAACAGCAACAUGUGCAGCAGCAGCAGCAGCCUCAACCAUUGAUCAGCAAUUCGCUGGCCAUACGUCAAGAAAUACAACGUUUCGAAAGCGUACAUCCAUCGAUUUAUGCAAUUUACGAUUUAAUCGAUUUGCUGCCAAUCGCCGAUGCACAAAUCGCCCAGCAGAUACGCGAUCACGUCGUUUGUAUUGAAGACUCUUUCGUAAACAGUCAAGAAUGGACGAUCUCACGUUCAGUGCCCGACUUGCGCCUAGGCAUAGUUGGUUCAUUGAACUCCGGCAAAUCAGCUUUAGUGCAUCGUUAUUUAACUGGUUCCUAUAUGCAAGAGGAGUCGCCUGAAGGCGGUCGCUUUAAGAAGGAAGUAUUCAUAGAUGGCCAAAGUUAUUUAUUACUCAUAAGAGAUGAAGGCGGACCACCAGAAAUGCAGUUUGCCGCUUGGGUUGACGCUGUGAUUUUCGUCUUUAGUCUUGAGAACGAGAGCAGUUUCAAUACAAUUUACAAUUACUUUAAUAAAAUGGCGCAUUUUCGCAAUGGUCAGGAUUUACCAAUGAUUUUAGUUGGCACACAGGAUGCAAUUAGUGAGCGAAAUCCACGUGUGAUCGAUGACUCUCGCGCGAGAAAACUGGCAAACGACUUGAAGCGCUGUUCGUACUACGAAACGUGUGCCACAUACGGUCUCAAUGUAGAACGCGUGUUCCAGGACGCUUGUCAGAAGAUCCUCCAGCAGCGCAUUCCCCUACCCCCCACCGUCAACUCCCGACCCACAACGCCGCAAGGCACACGCCUCGGCAUCGCCUCCUAUCACCACAACUCCAACAAUCAUGGCGGCGCCAAUGCAAAUGGCUUCUCUGCAUCCACUUCGUCGGUGCAGGGCGCCGUAUCCACCAGUAAUUUAACGCUGCCUCACCGCCAUCACGCGCUGUCCACAUCGUCACAUCAUAUACCGAUGCGCAUGAGCGCUGAUUUCAUGCACACCGAACAGCAGCAGAGCUUACCACCCAGUCAGAAGGCGUGGCAACAGCAAAAAGAACAGCAACAACGUGAUCGUGAACUAACGAUGCUCACAAAUGAAAACAAUAACAUCACCAAAUUCACACCCACACAUCACCAACAGCAGCAGCAACAACAACAACAACAGCAGCAAUCGAACCACCAAACAGCGGAAAGUUUGCCACCUUUGAGUUUGGUGCCGCUGCGCGAGAAUAGGGAUAAUGGCAGUGGUGGUGGCGGCGGCAGCGGCGGUGGUAAGGAUCUGCCGACACCCACAUCCACGCCCACUACAAGUCGCAAAAGUCGACGGCGUUCAAAUCUCUUCAUUCCCUCCUCCUCGAAGAAGGGCGAGAAGGAUUUGAAAAAUGGCGAAUUGGGUAGCGGACGGUCCAUACCAAUCAAACAAGGUUACCUCUACAAACGCUCCAGCAAAUCGUUGAACAAGGAAUGGAAGAAGAAAUAUGUGACGCUCUGUAAUGACGGGCGGCUGACAUAUCAUCCAUCGCUACACGAUUACAUGGACGAUGUGCAUGGCAAGGAAAUACCGCUGCAAUACGUAACUGUAAAAGUACCGGGACAAAAACCGCGCGGUUCGAAAUCAAUCAUCACCAACAGCGCGCUCACAACCUCAAUGCACUCGAACGGUCGCGGCCAUGGUCAAAACGGGUUGAGCGAAGGCAUUGGCUGUCUGUCGAUUGUCAAGGAUAACAAGGAAAAGAAGGUGACCGAGAAGGUGCUGCUCACCGCUUUCGAUACGCUCCGCGAGCCGGUGAAAUCGAAUUCUUCGCAACAGACUAGUGGGGAUGAGGGCAUAGCCAUGUCCAACUCCAACUCGCAGACAUUUAUUGCUGGCAGUGAUAGUCAACAACACCUACAGCAACAACAACGCGAAUUGCUCGCUGUUAACGCGGCAAACAAAUUAGAAUCUCAAACACCAAAUGUAAAGAAACGCCAUCGCCGCAUGAAGAGCAGCAGCGUUAAAUCAAAUGAAGUGGACGAUUCGGACAUUUAUGAGUUCUUCAUCGUAUCGCUCGAUUCCAAACAGUGGCACUUUGAAGCGGCCAGUUCUGAAGAUCGUGACGAAUGGGUGGCUGCUAUUGAGCAAGAGAUCUUCAAAAGUCUUCAAGGCAUAGAGAGCACGAAAACCAAACCGGCAACCACAAGUGAGCUGGCCUCAAUGGUGGCGAUACGCACGCGAGUGCCGGGCAAUGGCUUUUGCGUGGACUGCGAUGCGCCGAAUCCGGAGUGGGCUAGCUUGAAUCUGGGUGUACUCAUGUGUAUCGAAUGUUCGGGCAUUCAUCGUAAUUUGGGUUCACAUAUUUCCAAAGUGCGUUCGCUUGGCUUAGAUGAUUGGCCAGCUGGUCAUCUCAGCGUAAUGUUGGCCAUAGGCAAUAGUUUGGCGAAUUCGGUGUGGGAGGCGAAUACGCGGCAACACACCAAACCAAGGCCCAAUUCCACACGUGAGGAGAAGGAAGCGUGGAUACGAAGCAAAUAUGAAUCCAAAGAAUUUUUAGCACAAUUCAAUGCUAAUACAAACACAACGCCGGGACAGCAAUUAAUAGAAGCGGUGAUCAGAUCGGACAUUAAAUCGAUUGUCUUGAUACUCGCCACCGCUAACAGUGAAGUGACCAAUGCUAACGUGAGUCCACGUGAUGUGCGGACACCACUGCUGCUGGCUUGUGCCAUCGGAAAUCUAGCCAUAGCGCAGCUGCUCAUUUGGAACGGCGCCAACAUUAAGCAUACAGAUCACGAGGGACGCACCUGUUUGGCGUAUGCGCGGGCAGCACAAUCGCUGGCAACAGCGAAAUCUCUAAAGGCUGCCGCCGCCGCCGCAGCAGUCGCAAAUGCAGCGAACGGCAGCAACACGAACACUAACUCGAGCACUGCAAGCAAUACGAGUUCCUGUUCGUCGACCGCAUCCACCACAGCCACGACCACAACAACCAGCAAUGCGACGAACAGUGCCACAGCAAGUGGCGCAACGGCAGCGGCGACAACAAAUGGUGGCAUACCAGCACCACAGUACAGCGUCGAAGAGACAACAGCACUGGUGGAGCUGCUAACGAGCUUAGGUUGCCCGGAAUCGGCGCCAUUGACGGCCAGUGGCACGCUGCCGCGACGACGCGACACACUGGGCACACCCUACGAGAAGACCGUAUCGGGUGUCAUAUAAAGAGAUUGCACUUGGAAGGGGAACGCAGCGCGCAUUAGCCGUUUGCAAUAACAAUAAGCUUAUAGUCUAAGUUAAAAGCUGUUCAACAGUUGAAGUAUGGACGUUAGAUGAAGGAAAUGUAUGGCAAUUGUGGAUUGGAAAUGAGCCACAAUUUGCUUAUUUAGUUAUAGUCAUGUAGAUAUAUAUGUGUAUAUGCGUCUGUCUGAAGUCGGUAUAAAUUGUAAUGGAAUGAAAUAAUAAUUUAUCAUGCUUCGUAGAGAAAGUGCUGUCAUAAUGAAAAGCUUGAUAGCCACUUUUUAAGACUUUUAAUUAGCCGAAUUUAAUUUAUUACCCAUUUUAAUGAUGUAUUUUUAAAUAAAAUAAAUUAAUAAUUAAAGCAAGCAUACUGAAAGAUAAGAUCAUAGUACGAAGUUUCUUUCCCGAUUGAAAAGCGCUUGAGCACAGCAAGCUUUCAGUUUUAAAAUCACAAAAAAGUAUGUAAAUUAUUAAGCAAACUCGUAAAAGCUGUUAAUAUUAUUUUUAUUUUUUAAAAUAUCUUAUUAUGGUUAAGAAAAUGUUUUGUAUGUAUGUUAGUAUGCAUGAUUACUUUAUAUACGUGCAUAAAUACAAGAAAUAAAUUCUUUCUGUGUAAGCUCCGAGUUAAAAAAUGUAGAUGUUAGUCCCUACACUCGCAAGCAGUACGCUUUACAAUGGUAAAAAAUGCAUAACGGUUUAUUCAAGUGAAGAUAAAACAGCCUCUCAGUCGUAUAGAAAUAGCUGAACCUCAAUCUACUUUUGUUAUGAAUUCGAUUAGACAUUUUUAACUGACAAUCUUAAAGUAAGAUUAUUUUUAUGUUGAAGAACAGCAAAAAUCGCUUUUAUUUAAGUUUAUUUAUGUUAAAAUAAUUGCGUUUAUCUUUUUCUUAACCAAACCAAUCGUUACCGUUUAAAUGCUAAAUAUUUCUAAAUAUUAUUUUAUUGCGGGUGCUCGAAAAAAAAAUAGAACAAAAAAACAUUAAAACAGCGCUAAAUUAUUAUUUAAUAUUAUGCAGAAAAAACUACGCAGUUUUGAAAAUGUAAAAAAUCGAACGCCUUGCCAAAUACUUCUACAAAAUGCUGUUUUUUUUUCAUACGUCGCUUUAUAAAAAAUAUUGUUUCGCAAUCUCAAUAACGUAACGUCUUGUCUCGUAAUGUGUUUUUGGUUUUUAAACUAGCAUUUCAUUUGAAAAACAGAAGUUAGUUGUACUUUUAAAAAGAAAAUUUCAAAUUGUCGCUUAAUCACAUGUUUAGUUGAAGAUUUUAAAACUACUUUUGGGUUUCUUUGAAUAAAUUUCCUUUUUUUUAUCUUAAAAAGAAAUAUCAGACUGCAAGCAACCACUCAUUAGCAAACAAAAAUUUAAUUACAAAAGAUUUUCUUUCCAAAAACAAAAAAAAACACGCAAAAACUUAGCAUUGAUUUAAUUUGCGAGUUUUUUCGAGUAAAAUAUUACAAAUUUUUUUCUUAAGCAUUUAAUUUGUUGUUGUUUUGUUAAGCUUUGUUUACAUCACUCUCAAAUAGAUCUGCCUGCAAUGUGAACCGAUGCGAGUACAUUAGUUAUAUAUUUUUAUUUAAUUCACCUUUGAAUACGCUUCAUGUUUUUAAAAACGUUCACUUAUAGUUCUAUUUUUUAUUUCUAAUAAUUAUAAAAUUUAGUUAUUAUUUAGUUGAUUUGUAUUGUGUGGUAAAUUGAAUAUAAUAAAAUAUUAAUUAAUUUGUAUAUAUUGUUUUGUAUCAUUUGUUGUUGCGGAAAUUUCGAUUGAUCCAAUAUUUUAAAAAAUAUGUAUAAUAUAUAAGAUUAUUUCAUAGUUAUAUGGUAACUGACAGCCACAUUUUGUACUUUCACUCAAGCCAAAACUAUACCUCAGAAACAAAUCCCGCUAUUUUUUGUUGUUAAUAAAAAUAUAAACUAAAUAAAUAGCUAGAUUACUAUCCUUUUAGUGAGGCCGAAACAGGCUUAAAGAUAUUUGGUAUUCGAAAUAUAAAACCGGAAAUGUGGACAUUGUGGAAUACCGAUAAAGAGUUGAUAAAGUGUGGGGAAUCUUCAAAGUGUUUAUACUUUUUUUGUUAGGGAAGUAUGAAAAUACAAGAACAAUAGAGUCAGCACUUAAAAUACAACUUCUGAAAUGAUAAUCACGUGGGAACCAUGAAAGGGAAAUGCAAUAGUCGUAAAUAUAAAAUAAGAAGGUGAAAAUGCAGAAAAAUAAGGAUGAUGGCAUAAACUUAUGCAAAUGAAUAUGUAGCAAAAAAAUAAUUAUGCACGAAAGUAUAAAAAUUUAGUAGUGAAUACUUAACAGUUUACAUAAAUAUGUACAUUGCAUACAUACACACAUACAGCAGAUAUGAUUUCCAAUAGUGAUGUAUUGCUUUAAGUGUGUACCAACGUUACACUUCAAUAAAUACACACACACAUAAAAAUUCAAAUAUUAUAUACUUGGCAAAAUGUUGGGCAUUAAAUAUAAUUAAAAUACUUACAUAAUAAAAGUGAAACUUUAAAUGCGUGGUUUGUAUUGUAUUAAUUGGCAUGUCAUAUAUCGAACGUAAUACAUUGUUGUAGGGUAUAUUGCAUAGUAAUGUUGUAAACCUAAAAAAAAGUUAAAAAACAAAAAAAAAAAACACCUGCGGCAAAAUCGAAUAAAUUGAGCAAGGAAUUAGUAAAUUUUGUACUGAAUUGGAAACUUUUGCAAUUGUUUUCUCUAACUUAUAAAAUACGUAAAUCUACUGAAAUCUUAUUUACCAAAUGCUUAUUACUUAGUAAACUUAAGAAAAUGUAUGUAUGUAGUGGCAAAGCAAGUAUUGUAAUUCAUUAAUUAUUUCAUAAAAAUGAAGAGUUACAAUGAAAUAUGCACAUUCGCUAAAAAUGCAAUAAACUAAUGAAAAUACCGUAAAUAA